AUGGCGGCUGGACUCAAGACCAUCAUCGCACUCUCAUUUGUGCUCGCGAUUGGUUUCCUCCUCGUUAUUCUCUCCUCCGCCCUUUGGCACAAGUACUGGCCCCUGUUGGUGGUUGCCAUUUAUAUCGUUGCGCCUCUCCCCAAUUGGAUCUGUGGACGAUGUGCGAACCCAGAUGAUUUUAUGGACAGCUCCAGCAAUUCAGCCAUGGAUUUCGGACGGUUCAUGACUGGGUUCCUGGUUCUUACUGGUAUCGCCCUCCCCGCAGUUCUGGCACACAGCGGAGCGAUCGAGCUUCCGGCUAUGAUCAUGUCCAUCCUUGGCGGUCUGUUGAUUUACGGCACUAUCAUCAGUUUCUCGAUGUUUUUCCAGGAGCAGGAAGAGUUCUGA